GCCAUCCUGCCGGCCGCUAUUUUGUAAACUUGACGUCAACGCAACGCACGUGUUUGAUUGCGAGAAUUGUUUAAAAUGUCAUUUGAAGAUAAAUUGAUAAUUGAGGUGCGUAAUCGACCAAUUCUUUGGGACAAACGCAAAGAUGACUACAAAAACCGUCUAAAGAGUGACAGAGAGUGGAGUUUGGUUGCGAGAAGUCUAAAUAAAACAAAAGCCGACGUCAAAAACAAGUGGAAAAAUUUGAGAGACGUCUUCAUGAAGGAAGCCAAGAAAGUACGUCGUCCUCGAUCGGGUGACCCAGGCAGUCCUAAUAGCGAUGAGACUUAUAAAGGCAAAUGGUGUUUUUUUAAGGAACUAUCUUUUUUAAAAGAUAUAGUGAAACCUAGGCACACCCAAAGCAACUUUCAGGAUUUAAAUGCGGGAUCUGAUAACAAUGAAACUCAAAAUUCAGACACGGUUGAGAUUCCAGAAAUAGAUCAAGUUGAAACUUCAGCAAUGGAUCAAGUUGAGACUCCAGAAAUGGAUCAAAUUGAAGAAGUGGUGGAAAAUCAAGAACCUGUUUCGGAAUCUGUUAACGCAAAUUCUCUAGCUAGUGGUAAUUUGAUCCCCCGAAAUAGAUUCCCUACGACGACAGACGACAGCGAGUCUGGUUCAUCUAGAGCAAGCGGGUUCAGGCAAAGGCAAAGACAGGCAAAAAAACCAGAACUGACGCUUUUUCAACAAAAAAUGAUUGAAGUGGAAAAACAAAAAAUACAAGCUUUUAAUGAGAAAAACAAAGAAAAAGACGAUGAAGACAUGUUGUUCUUAAAAUCAUUGGCGCCAUAUUUCAAGUAUUUAACGCCAGUACAAAAACUAAGACUGAAAAGUAAAAUUCAAACUUUUAUUGCUGAUGAAAUUAGUCUCACUACCUCUUCAACAUCAUCUACGCCAAUAUCGCAAUCUAUAUUACCCUCUCCGGUAAACGCGUCACAUCAUUCAAUGUCUUCGGUGCGGAACUACUACGAAAAGGAUCCCCUAGGUCUACACGAGUACGAUACUGAGCUAUCCGUAAAUGAUUACUAACUUUGCAGUUUGUUUGUUUUUUUUUACUUUGAACUUAAAUAAACCUUCAUUUUAAUUUAUACCUACGUAAUUUGUUUUCCUUUCCUUCAAUAAAUUAAAUUAGUCAGCGAAAUUCAAAUCCAAAAGACUUGAAAUCUCAAAUAUAAUUUAUACAAAGUGCGUAGUUCCCAAAUGUCCUGCAGAAAUUGGCUGACUGAUUUAAUUAAAAAAAAAACAAUAAAAUCGAAAAGGUACAUAGUCAACAGCACAUCAAGCGUAACACAUUGUGUGACUUUUAUACGCAUGAUGUAGUGUUAACUGUUCAAGUUUUAUCAACUUCAUCAAAUAAAGAGGAUUGAUUCACAUACAAUCACUCGAUUUUUUUUUGUUUUGAUUUAAUUUUUUUUUCUUGGCUUUCUUUUUCCUUGAUUCCUUUAUCGAUACUGAGUCUACCCCUAAGCUAUUGCACGCAAUUACUUUAACACCCUGUAUAUUUGAACAAGUACCUAGUAAAUUAUUAUAGAAAUUACACUCACCUAAUCGUCAGCACCAAUCUUUCCUCCACACUUAUAGGUUUUCUGUAGUUGGUAACAACAUGAUUGCAAUCGUCUCUGAUCAUAUUACAUAGGUAGUCAAAUGCUUCUGGUGACAUAGACAUAUAAUCAUAAAAUGCAGACUCAUUUUCUCGUAAGUCAAAAUAUUGAUUGUGAAAUUCACCACGAUUUGGUCUCAUUUUUAACAAAGCACUUUGCGUCCCACGUUGUUUUUUUUCAUUUCCAUCUGAAUCCGCACAAAACGUCAUCCAAAUAUUUCCCGACAGCAAAUAUUUUGCGUGUCUGACGUCCAUGGUUGUUGGUAUCGACCGUGCCACUGCCCGGUCACGCUCGCUCCCGUCGUCAAAUCGCGCGAGCAAGA